AGGAGGAGCUCUCUGCUGGAUGCCGGGGGUGCCAGCUCGAUCAAAAACUUUGCAUCAUCUGUGCAGCGGUCUGUGGACUACCUAUCGACGUCGCUUGAGUCCGGGAAGGACAGGGAACCUUUUGAAAACGGGCUCUCUUCUCCGUUGCUUACUGGUGAAGACACGCAAAAUGAUCUUGAGACGGUGCUUGUGGACGAGGACGUGUGGCGGAGCCAGGGGAGACCGUCAUACGGGACCAUCGAGGACAUGGAGUCCACGGCGAACAUACGGGUGAUCAAGUCGAACGAUUCCGAGUCGAUCAUCCGGGUGGUGUCGAUGAAGUCGACGCGAUUGCAGACGAUCUUCAACUCAAUCAACGUGUUGAUUGGACUCGGGAUCUUGUCGAUCCCGCUGGCCUUGCACCUGUCCGGGUGGGCACUGGGCAUCCUGUGCAUGACGUUUGCCGCCCUGGCGACAAGACAGACGGCGGUGCUGUUGGGCCGGAUUCUCAGCCGACACCCGCAGUUGAAGACGUACCAGGACAUUGGCAUCUUCUGCUUUGGCGAGAACAUCGGGUUUGUGAUUCUGCUUACGUUCACGCUGGACUUGAUUGGGGCCGGGUUGUCGAUGAUCUUGCUCUUUGCGGACUCGUUCAAUGCGCUUUCGCCGGACGUCUUCUCCAAGCUGUCGCUCAAGGUGUUCAUCACGGCGGCAAUGAUGUUUCUGAACUUCCUGCCCUUGCGCCUACUCUCGUUCUUGUCGCUCACGGGGAUCAUGUGCACGACAGCGACGUGCAUGCUUAUUGGCGUCUCGGGCUGUCUCAAAGCAGAGCGUCCGGGCUCGCUCUUGAACCCGAUGCAGACCAACAUGUACCCGAAGUCGUUCAUCGACUUCUUUUUCGCCCUGGGGCUCUACUUGGCGCCGUGGGGCGGCCACGCAACGUUCCCGGAGAUCUACAGGGACCAGCUCUACCCACAGACCUACGACCAGAGCAUGAAGUACUCCUUCUCCUUCUCCUACGCCGUGGACCUAGCCACCGGCGUGCUAGGCUUCCUCAUGUUCGGCGCCUCCGUCGACGACGAGAUCACCAAGAACAUUCUCCGGACAACCGGCUACCCGCCGUGGGUGUCCACCGCCAUCGUUGUGCUCAUGGGCAUUCUCCCCGUGUCGAAGCUCCCGCUCAUCAGCAGACCCAUCUUGACCAUUCUCGACCGCCGCUUCGGCGCAACCGGCCUGCAGCGGGCAGCCAACCGGGGCCUUCUCAGCGCCUUCUUUCUUCUCUGCUCCCUUCUUCUCACCAACUUCGGCAAGGUCAUGUCUCUCUUGGGCAGUCUCAUCUGCUUCACCGUGUGCAUCACCUUGCCUGGGCUCUACUACCUGCGUGUGUUUCGGGACGACUUGUCCCAGACGGAGAAGGCCGUGUGGCGCAUGCUGGUGGCUGUGGGUGUGGCGGGUGCGUUUUUCGGGAUGGUAGCAGUUGUG